UAUUGUCAUUCCUUUUUGUUGUGGUCAUAUGUUUGAAAACUGCUCUGCCUGUCUUUCCCAGGGCUCAUCUGUUCUCUCCCCUUCAUUAGUAUAAUCUUCACCUGUUCCUCUCCCCUUCAUUAGCAUAAUCUUCACCUGUUUCCAUCCCAUGGAUUAUUUUAAUCUUCACCCAUUUCCCUCUCAUAGAUAAGCCUAAUCUUCUUAUGCCUCCCUUACUUACAUUAGCUUAAUCUUCACUGGCAUCUUUGGUGUAAUGAUAAGGUACAUUAUUGUUGCAUUCAGUAGACCUGAGUUCAGUUCCCGAGUGAGGAGAAAUUUUUAUCGAAUAUAUAUCUCGGUAUUUUUGUUGGGAUGUUGAAUCCUUCUCAAUUCAGGUUAACCAUGACGUGCAGGUCUGGAGCCUGCCUCCUAAAUCACCUAAAUUGUGUUGAUGGGGGCAUAAGAAAAUUCUACAUGUUUUGGUUUUUGUUUUAAAAUUUAAUCUUCCCAUGUCUCCGUCCCGUACAGUCCCACCCCGAGUGUGUGCCGAUGUGGAGAUGGUCGUGGGGUUUGGAUCACUGGGCAAAGACGCCAUCAUCUCUGUCUGUGUCAUCGCCUUCCCUGAACCUAAUGACAUACGACUGUCUCGUGAUGGAAGACUGGUUAGACCCAAGAGAUACAAAGCCCGGUUCUCUUACACCGAACAGCCUCGAGGGAUUCUCACCAUUACUCUGAAGAAUGUCAGGCAGCAAGACUUCAACAGUACUUACAGACUGUAUAUGGAGAACUCCAUCAAACAAUUUAGUCAAACAAAGGUCAAACUAAGUCCACGAGGGCCACCACGGUGCCCCAUAUCUCUGGAGGUCAGUAAAGUGAGCAGCAACUACGUCACUCUUCAGUGGCACGCUGGCUCUGACGGAGGUCAAGAGCAGACGUUCUUCGUGCUACGUCACAGCGGACUGAACAACGACUCACGCGAGUUGGGACGACGUCAGGAGGUCACUGCCAGUGACGUCACACAGUACAGUAGACAGGCUGUGAAUGUCACCGGGCUCCAGCAGAAGACAGACUACUUUUUCAGCAUCUCAGCCAGUAAUGGUUUUGGAAGCGCCAAAAAUUGCGAGAUUGUCAAUGCUUCUACGAUUGCAACCACUGGAGCGGAAGCAUUAAGUGAUUCUGAAGACAGCACCCCCACCGUCAUUUUUGUUGUUGUUGGCAUUGUUAUCGUCAUCCUCAUCAUCAUCGUUGUCGCUGCUGUCGUGGCCAUUGUUCUGAGGAGGAGAAGAAGAAGGGACAGAGCCGCUGACAGGCUCUCCCAAGAUGACCCGUCCACCUAUCCCAGGGAUGCGGCAUUGGUCAUGGAACCAGUAGAUGACCCACGGCAGGUCAAAGUUCAACCGACUGAGACAGGCAACACUUCAGCAGACCACGAAUACGAAAAUCCGUACGACGUACCAGAUGAAAUACCGGCGAGCAACAUUCACACCCAUUUCCCGAUCAAGAGUACUAUGACAAAAAUCCCCAUUGCUUCACCGUCUCUCUCCGCUGACGGCGAAUACGAACAUUCGUACGAUGAUGCAACAUCCAUGCCGGCGAGCAACAUUCACACCCACGUCCUGAUCAUGAGCACUAUGGCAGAAAUCGUCCAACCUGAGGCUCCGCAGGCAAACACUGACACUAGCCCCUAUUAUAAUGUUUCUGCCUCUGCACCAAGGUCAAGGGCGGGGCAGGAAGGUCAAGUUCGGAUCAUAGACCCUGCUGGAGCUUAUGACGUGCUUCCGGCCCUAGAUAGUGUCGCUUUUGUUUCCGAUCCUUACACAAGCCUGUUACCCGAAAGGGAAAAUUCCCAGGCUGAUGAAGUGGAUGAUUUGUAUAUGAACGCUCGGGCUAGUUCUGCGGAGCCGGAGGGCUAUGUGAACAUGGAGGAAAUCAAGAAAGAGGAUGACAACCCUUAUGAGAAUGCUUAAAGAGACCAAGGUGUCUGCCUCGAGUGUGGUUCCAUUUGAUGUUCAAGGGGAUUCCAUCAAAUCCAGGGGCGGACCCAUUUUUUAAAUAUUUUUUUUUGCUUUGGAGUGCUGCAAGAACUUCAUCUCUGCUGAUGGGGCUGUCAAGGAAGUCUUUUUCUUCCCAAUCUGGAGAUAUCAAAGUUUACCGUAAACCGGAUUGGGCUCAUCCAAAAUUGCUGCCCAUGGCAGUCCCUACCGAGCGGGGAGUUCAGAGCUGGAUCAUGAACCCCCUUAACGCUGUUUUCUGAUGAUAAAUGAAGGUACUUUUCCAUGACUAUUCUUGGGAUAUUACAGCAGUGGUUUCCUGUUGCCUACUGCCGGUUUGUGUACAGUUUUCUCUGCUAGCCUUUGUCGUCCACUCACAACCCACAAGGCACUGUAAUUUUGGGGUGUUUUGACAUUGACAUGCAUCUCAAUUUUUUUCCUAUUAGUAAGAAAGAGUGUAUGCAAUAUUUAGCUUGAAUGAUUUACUCUGUUAUUUUUUAGUGAAUGUAGAACUGCAUAAAUUAUUUUAUGUGCAUGAAUGUGUGUAUGCAUGUUUUUCAUGAAUAUUAUGUAAAACAUGUAGAUCAAUGAUUGUAAUUCGGAUAUAAAUGUCAUAUAUUAUUAUUAUAUGCGAACAAUGUAAUAUUACGGCGGGUGGGGUUUUGGGGGGGGGGGGGGGGUUAAGAGACAAAUGUAAAAGGAGGAGGGGGUGGGGGGCAAAAAGUCCCCUGAAAGGUGUAAGAUUAUACUUGAACAGCCCCUAAAUUCAAUUAAAAUAUUUGAAAACCAAGAAGAAACAAAGAGGAUGUCCUGUUGAGAUCUAAUGGAGGAUAUUUGACAAUUCUUCUUUUAGAUUUUGUCCCCCGUUCUAGCUUCCCGAGGCUGUCCGGGGCGAUGAGACUCUUGCCGUUCUGACGAAAACAUUUACCCACAUUUGCUGACUCCAGGGGGAAAAAAGAUAUGAGUGGAAGAUUGUUUUAUUUGUCUACAAUUACGUAGUUUCUUUAGACUGUGUGUACAAGCAUAGCAAGGCUGUCGCAAAUUUGUAAAGGUGCGAGAUCCAAGCAACAUGAAUCCCAUGUCUGUUUUUUUCUCUUCUUUAAACUGCUAAAAUUGCCAAAGGAUGGCACUUGUACAUUUUUAACCUUACAUUAGAUUGUUUGAUUGUUCUGAGACAGUGCAGUCUAGAGUAUCUAUCCCGCACUGUUCUCAGAUAAUGUAUGCAAAUUUUUAUGAGAGAUUGUGUUAGAUUUAUUUGAAUAAACUUCAAGACUGGACUUAACAAAAGCUUUGUGAUGUAUUUG